UUAACAUAGAAGUCUGUAAAGAAUGACAGACUGGGAGAAGACACCCGAGGUUGUUUUGGGUAAAGUGUUUAGCUGUCUAUCUUUAGUGGACAAAGUGAGUGUAUACAAUACCUGCUCCUCCUGGAGAGAAGCUCUGGGACAGACCGGUGCAUGGCACCAAUUCCAGUACUCAGAAAGUCGUGUUUGGGAUGAAAUCUUUGAAAUGGGUAUCCCAUCAUCCUUAGAAGACUUACAGCAAUAUCAGGAGAUCCAUCAGAGUGUUUUGGAAUGCGUUGAGAGAUUCGGAAGGUAUAUGAGGAGGAUCUAUGUUGCCAUCCAGAGCACAUCUUCCUUUGAAGUCUACCAGAAAAUAAUUCAAAAUUGCUGUAAUGUUAGGAAAUUUACUUUAAUAUGCAUGUGUGUAGAGUUAUCAGAAAUGGAGCUUUUGAAAUGUACAUUGCGGGAGUUCCUUCAGAGAAACAAUGUGAUAAGGGAAUUAGAAAUUGAAAAUGUAGAUAAUUCAGGUACUAAAAAUGCACCCCUGCCCAUUGGACUGAAACAGUCAGGCUGUCUUCAUAGUUUAUGGAUUGUGAAUUCUUUCAGGAGCAGCUGUUUGAGUAAUUUAAUGUAUCUUGUGAACCUGACGGAGCUAGCAAUGAUUCCCCACCAGUUAAACUUCAGUCUCCUAAAACACCUGGCUUCUUUGUCUCUGAGAGACCUCCAUAUCGUGGCCAAUGCUCAAACCAGAGGCUUCUACAACGAGGCAAUCAGUGAUGCACAGUGGGGUGAAAUCAGGAAACAUGGACCCAAACUCCGAGUUCACUGUUUCUUAGCAACAUCCAAUGAAUGGACAGAAAAAGAGGUUUUCUUGAAACCUAGUAUGCCUCUGGCGUCCCUUGUGUAUCGAAAAAAUGUCUGGAUUAAAUAUUUAGAAUCGGUGUGCACACUUAUGACAUAUCACUCGGGUACGUUGACAACUUUUGUGGACUUCAGUCUUAGUCAUCAGCCCUAUAAUUACCCAGUCCCACAUUGCUAUAUGGACCGGGUGGACCGUCAUAUAAUCAGAUUGGCACGACUUUGUCCACGACUCCAGACACUCACCAUUAAGGAGACCUUGUCUAGUGCGGCUAUUCUUCUUAUGGUGUACCUAAAUAAAAAUCUGACAGACUUUCUUGUUCGUCGUGAUAUGAUAUUGUACGUUAAUGAUCUGCCAGAGGACUUAGAGUCAGACUCGGUAAUUAAACAGUUUAUUGCUGAUAAUUAUGAGCGGGAUAAUUUUGAAAAUGCCGUAUCUUCAUUAUUAGGAACGGAAUGGCAUGCUUUAGAGGUGUCAGAAUUUUAUGAAAUAAUUGAUUUUAGAUAUUCUAAAUUUUCAUAAAGCUGUUUUUUAUUA